UCUAAACGUUUUCCUGGUGUGAAAAUGAUGAAGAAGAUGGAGGAGUUGAUUCAGGAGAGGAGCCCAAAAGAAGAGCUGGCUCUGCUCCGCUACAAAAACGAGGAGCUCCUUGAACAACUCAGGAACAAGACACAGUGUCUGGAAUCUCUGAGAAAAGAACAGAAGUUGCUCACCAAGAAAAUACAAGAGGCCAAGGAAGAGUCUGAAGGAUACGGCGCACUCCUACAGACUAAAUCUGUUGCUAUCGAAGAGGAGAAGGAAAAAAAGCAAUGGGAGAUCGUGGAGGCGAAGAGGGCCGUGGUGAGGAAGCAGGAGGAGCAGAUCUCUCAGCUGAAGGAGAAGAGGGACCAGAAACUCAAGCUGGUGGACGAGAUGGCUGUCUACUACAACUUCAUGGAGAGAGUGGCCAAGAUGACAAUGUUCAACGAUGUACAGGAGUUCAUCAACUAUUUGGAGAACCUUUUCUACACUUGGGAGAAGCAGCAUGAAGCCGAAAGCAUCAAGUUGGAGGAGAUCAAUACAAAGCAAAAUGAGCUCCAGAGUCUAGAGAACCAUCUCUACAUGGCUUCGCAUCACAACAGCUUCCUCCUCUCAACGCUGCACAAGGAACUGGAGAAGUGCAGAUCAGAAGCAGACAUAUGGGAAGAAAACUGGGGAAAAAUCCAAAAGACGGCUGCAAAGAAGAUCCUGCUGCUGGCACAGAUCAAGAUAGCCAUAGUGAACCUGUACGAGAUGACAGGGGGCGUUGUAGGAGAGGACGGAAUAAACGUCAGUGACACAGAGAAGCACUUGGACAAGAUUGUCAGUUUCAUUCAAGACAACGAGGACAUUGUCAAACUGUUCCGGAUCUCCCUUCAAAAAGAGAAAGAGAAUAUCAAGUCCAGAUCUAGAAAAAAUAGAAAGACUAAUUAAUAAACAUAUUCAAUAUA